AUGAAGUUCAACAGUGUUACAGCUGCUGUCGCGGCGUCCUUUCUUUCUUCCGGCGGACUGGUCGCUGCCUCCCCUCUUAAAUUCACACAUGAUGUUGUCGUCGUCGAGCCCUCAAAAUUCGAGGUGUCUGUCCUGGGCGGAAAUACGUUGAAAAUCAAGCAGGUCUAUAACAAGGGCUUCAUCAGCGCUCACCGAGGCCCCAGAGCGCUGGCAAAGGCGUACAACAAGUUCGGCGUGGAGUUAUCAACGGACUUGUUGGACCUCCUGAACGAAAUCUUGGAGGAGCUUGGGCUGAAGCCGGCUGCUGGCGCGGGAACAAACGAAACUGCCAAUGCGGACCAGGGAGAGGUUUCUGCUGUGCCGCAACUCUUCGACAGCGAGUAUCUGGCGGAGGUUCAGAUCGGCACCCCACCGCAGACAGUCAACCUGGAUUUCGACACCGGUUCUUCAGAUUUGUGGGUGUUCAGCAGCGACACCCCCAAGACCCAGGUUGCAGGACAGAAGUUGUACAAUGUCAACGCGAGCUCAUCGGCUGUACGAGUCCCCGGCGCAACUUGGAGCAUUCGCUACGGAGAUGGCAGUGGUUCAUCCGGUAUCGUCUACACCGACACCGUCAGCAUUGGAGGAGUGACCGUGCAAAACCAGGCUAUCGAGUCUGCCACCCAGGUGUCUGCUUCCUUCACCAACGAUACGGCUUCCUCAGGUCUUCUUGGACUUGCUUUCGACGCCAUCAACACAGUCAAGCCGAGCAGUCAGAAGACAUUCUUCUCUAACGCAAUGGAAAACUUGGCCAUGCCUCUGUUCACGGCUAAUCUAAAGCAAGCUGAAGCCGGUAACUACAACUUCGGCUUCAUUGACAACACCGAGUUCACCGGAUCCAUCACCUUCGUACCCGUGAACAACACCCAGGGCUUCUGGGCGUUCGACGCAGAUGGCUUCUCCGUCGGUGACGGCCAGGCUGUGACCAUGGCCCACGAGGCCAUCGCCGACACCGGCACCACCCUACUACUACUCCCGGACGCCAUCGUAGCCUCGUACUACUCGCAGGUGGCCUCGGCGCAGAACAGCGCCCGCGUGGGCGGCUACGUCUUCGACUGCAACGAGCAGCUGCCCUCGUUCACCGCCAGCAUCGGCGGCUACAGCGCCGUCGUCCCCGGCGACGUCAUCAAGUUCGCCCCCGCCGACGCCAACGACUUCGAGUCCGCCACCCUCUGCUUCGGCGGCAUCCAGAGCUCCAACGGCCUGCCCUUCGCCAUCUACGGCGACAUCUUCCUCAAGAGCCAGUUCGUCGUCUUCCACGGCGGCGACAACACACUCGGCUUCGCGGCCAAGCCCCUCAAUGCUACGGCGUGA